CAGUUGACAAGUUUCGCAUGUGUAAAUCGUAAAAAAUCAAAAUUUGUUUUAAAAUGUGAUAUUAAUGCUAAAGAACGGCAAUUAUAAUAAUAUAAUUACAUAACCUCUGAUAUGUUUAAACCAAACUAUUAAAACAAAAAUUAAUAAUAUAUUAAAAAUGGAAAAAGAAGAACGCCUACAAAGGAUAAAAGCUGGAGCAUUUCUAGCAGCCGUAGCUGGAAUAUCAGGAGUUGUAGGUUUCUCUGCUACAUUAUCAGCAGCUAAAAAAACUGACCCUAAAUAUUUUAAUAAAGGUUUACAGGUAGGUUUGGAUGCAGCUGAUGCAGGUGCAAUUCUGGCUUUAAGAGCUCUGGGCUGGGGGACCUUGUAUGCAGUAGCUGGCACAUCAUGUUUGUGCUAUGGUAUAUACAAACUGUCUGGAGCUACUGAUCUAAAGGACUUUAGAAUUAGGAUGGGAAAUCUGUUACCUGUACUACCAAGAAACAAUCCACCUAGAUCUCGAACAGAAUUCAGUGGAAUGAAUGAUUUAUUAACAUAUUUGUCAGAGGAUUAUGGAAAAAAACCAGAGAGUAAAUAAAAAUAAUGUAAUUAAUAAUUAUAACAGUUAUGUGAAUUUAAAUACACUUAGUUAAUUAGUUAAA